ACACUGGUUGGGAAACACUGAACUAGACAGCCACAUGGAGACCCCACACAGAGAACUCAACCACUUACAAUCCAUAGCGGUAAUGUACUGUGUGCGCCAUCAGCACCAGUGUGAACAGUCCCCAAGUCUUAAGAUUUGUCGGACCCUGUAGUUCACUUCCAGGGGCACAUCAGCCCAAGAAAGGCGACAAGGUCCUGUCACUAUGUGCACAGCAGACAAGACCACCGAGGAGGCAGCACAAUGGUCUUUGGGUUUUGUGUGCAGUGUAAGUUAUUUUCUUUGGAUAAGACAGCAUUCACACGUAUGUUGCGUUUCACAUGCGUUUGUUGCGUUUUCAAUAUUCAUAUUGACGGCUGAUCUCAUUGGGAGACACGGGAUGUCAUAGGAAGCUAUAUCAGUGUGAACACAGCCAUUAGAUGCGACAGCGUUACCGCACGUGGUAAUCCCAGAACGAUCACAUCGCACGAGGCUGCGGUUUGUCACUACCGUGCGCUCACAAUUCACACUGAUCACCAGCCCCCCACCACUACAGCCGCAUGGCUGAGCUGCAGCCGCCAUCAUGUAGGCCGCAUGGAUGAAAAAAACUGCUUAAAAACGCAACAAGGCCGCGGCCGUCACAUGCGGCUCUUCCUCUGCUGCAGCAUGCUCCCCACCCCGCUGUACUCCCAUGUUUGCCAAGGAGCCUUUACUGAAGUCUAUGACCCGGCUGAGGACACUUUCCUUCUGAUUGAUGCCUUGGAGAAGGAGGCGGAGGAGCUGAAAUCUGGAGUUGAGAUAUGCCUAGAAAUUGGCUGUGGAUCCGGGGUGGUAACGGCAUUUGUGGCGUCGCUUAUUGGACCUAAAGCUUGGUACCUAUGUACAGAUAUCAAUCCUAUCGCAGCUUUAUGCACAAUGGAGACCGCACGGGUCAACUCGGUGCACGUGGACGUGAUUGUUACUGACUUGGUCGAAGGAUUACUUCCACGAUUACAAGGACAAGUUGACCUUAUUCUCUUUAACCCUCCUUAUGUGGUGACCCCUUCAGAAGAGGUAGGAAGUAAUGGAAUCGAGGCAGCCUGGGCUGGAGGUAAAAAUGGUCGUGAAGUUAUAGACAGAUUCCUUCCUGUGGUUCCCAAACUCCUGUCUAUGAAAGGCUUGUUAUACUUACUUGUCCUGAAAGAGAACGACCCAGAUGACAUCCUGGCAAAAAUGAAUAUAUACGGAUUACGGGGAUCCAAGGUGCUUUCUAGACAAGCGGGAAGAGAACAUCUUAUGGUUUUAAAAUUCUGGAGACCUACAGACUGACACGGAAUGUAGUGACUUCCGAGUAUCCUCUAAGAGGAAUGUAUUUAAUUGGCUGCUUGAUUUUACCUGAACUUUUAGGUAACUUCAGGAUAAGCCGUCCUUGUCUGUACAUGAGGAUCAGCACUAUUUCUGUCCAUUAUAGAACAUGUAUGGUAUUUUUCAUCCGUUUUCUCCUAUGCAGGUUUCAUCUCUAGUUUUUAGCUAGUGGGUGUAGACUAGAUGGGAUGAUGUCUCCCAUACACUGCUUACACAUAGAAGAGAUUGUGCUUUCAUGUAUAUCCCUGUAGCACACGCUGAAAAGCAACAGUCAUAUGGAGGACUUUAUAGAGAAAUUCUGAGCAGUGAAAGCUGUGAUUCAAGGGGAGAGCUUGCUUUAGCCUGUCCUUGUGUGUCUCUCCCCUUCUCUCCUCUCCAUAGACUUCCACAGGCAGCUGUUACCUGAUACUUUAGUGAGCUCAUUAAUUGUAAGACAUGUUUUUUAGUGAAUAAUGGGGUCAUGGAAAGUAGCCUGAGAAGUGGAGAAAGAGGCAUUUUGCAUAUAUACCGUAUUUUUCGCCGUAUAAGACGCACUUUUUCUUAAAAAGUCGGUGCGUCUUAUACGGCGAAUACACCCCUAUCGCGGCGGUCCCUGCGGCCAUCAACGGCCGGGACCCGCGACUAAUACAGGACAUCACUGAUCGUGGUGAUGCCCUGUAUUAACCCUUCAGACGCGGCGAUCA